CGUCAGGCCGUUGGAGACAAGCGGCGAAAGGCCGUGGAGUAGAGCGAGGGAGCUGCCAUAAACAGAGGGCGUCUGCGCCUUUAAGAGGUGGAAAUCGAAACAAUAAACCGUUCGUGGUGUCAAUGUUCUAACAAUGAAUUUAAUCGACAUGGUCUUGAUAAAACUCUUAUUUUUGUUUCACUGCAUACGAAACGCAGAUGGUGUAUACGGGAACCCUCUGACCAAGUACGUCCAGCACUAUGAGGGCCUGUCCUACGACACGGAUGCCCUCCACACCAAGCACCAGCGGGCCAAGAGAGCCCUCUCCCACGAGGACAAGUUCGUGCACCUCGACUUCCAGGCGCACGGAAGAUAUUUCAAUCUCCGCAUGAAGAGGGACACCACCCUGUUUUCACAGGAUUUCAAAGUGGAGAUGUCGGGAGAAGAAAUGCAUUACGACACCUCCCAUAUUUACACAGGAGAGCUCUUCGGCGAACAGGGCAGCCUGAGCCACGGCUCCAUCGUGGACGGCAAGUUCGAGGGCUUCAUCCAGACCCGGCAGGGCACCUUCUACGUGGAGCCCACCGAGAGGUACCUGAAGGACCGGGACGUCCCCUACCACUCCAUCAUAUACCACGAGAAGGACAUCGUUUAUCCCCAUAAGUACGGGCCGGAGGGGGGGUGCGCUGACCGCUCGGUGUUCGAGAGGAUGAAGAAGUACCAGGCCUCUGCGGUGGAGGAGCCCGCCAAGGAGACCAAUGAGGUGGUGGUGGAGGAGGAGGAGCCGUCCGACGGGCCGGUGCUUCUCAGGAAGCGGCGAGCGGCCCAGGUGGAGAAGAACACGUGCCAGCUCUUCAUCCAGACGGACCACCUCUUCUUCAAAUACUACGGGACCAGAGAGGCGGUCAUCGCACAGAUCUCCAGCCAUGUGAAAGCCAUCGACUCCAUCUACCAGACCACAGACUUCCAGGGCAUCCGCAACAUCAGCUUCAUGGUGAAGAGGAUCCGGAUCAACACGACGAGCGACGAGAGGGACAAGUCUAACCCUUUCCGCUUCGCCAACAUCGGGGUGGAGAAGUUCCUGGAGCUGAACUCGGAGCAGAACCACGACGACUACUGCCUGGCCUACGUCUUCACGGACAGGGACUUCGAUGACGGCGUGCUGGGGCUGGCCUGGGUGGGGGCCGCUGCAGGAAGCUCCGGGGGGAUCUGCGAGAAGAGCAAGCUGUACUCGGACGGGAAGAAGAAGUCCCUCAACACCGGCAUCAUCACCGUGCAGAACUACGCCUCCCACGUGCCCCCCAAAGUCUCCCACAUCACCUUCGCCCACGAGGUCGGCCACAACUUCGGCUCUCCGCACGACUCGGGGACGGAGUGCACCCCAGGGGAGUCCAAAAGCCAGGACCUGAAGGAGAGGGGGAACUACAUCAUGUACGCCAGGGCCACGUCCGGAGACAAGCUCAACAACAACAGGUUCUCCAUCUGCAGCGUGCGCAACAUCACCCAGGUGCUGGAUAAGAAGAGGGGGAGCUGCUUCGUGGAGUCCGGUCAGCCAAUCUGUGGUAACGGCUUGGUGGAGGACGGGGAGCAGUGUGACUGCGGCUACAGUGACCAGUGCAAGGACCAGUGCUGCUUCGACGCCAACCAGGCAGACGGCAACAAGUGCAAGCUCAGGCCCAACAAACUGUGCAGCCCCAGCCAGGGCCCCUGCUGUACCAGGGACUGCGGCUUCAAGACCCGGAACGAGAAGUGCCGGGAGGAGUCGGAGUGCGCCCACCAGGGCAUGUGCAACGGAGCCCAACCCCAUUGCCCCUCCUCCGAGCCCAAAGCCAACUUCACAGCCUGCCACGGAGAGACGCAAGUCUGCCUCAAUGGGGGCUGCUCUGGCUCCAUCUGUGAGAAGUAUGGCUUGGAGGUGUGCACCUGCGCCAGCUUGGAUGGCAAGGAUGAAACCGAGCUGUGCCACGUGUGCUGCAUGGAGAGGAUGAAGCCCAACACCUGCAGCAGCACAGGCUCGGAGAAGUGGGCGCAGUUCUUCAACAAGAAAAUCACCACCCUGCAGCCCGGGUCCCCCUGCAACGACUUUAAGGGCUACUGCGACGUGUUCAUGAAGUGCCGUCUGGUGGACGCCGACGGGCCCCUGGCCAGGCUGAAGAAGGCCAUCUUCAACCCCGAGCUCUACGAGAACAUCGCAGAGUGGAUAGUGGCUCACUGGUGGGCAGUGCUGUUGAUGGGCAUCGCCCUCAUCAUGUUGAUGGCCGGCUUCAUUAAGAUCUGCAGCGUCCACACCCCCAGCAGCAACCCCAAACUGCCUCCACCCAAACCCCUGCCUGGCACCCUGAAGAGGAGGAGACCCCAGCACACCAACCCCCAGCCGCAGCCCCAGCGCCACCACCGCCAGCCCAGAGAGAACUAUCAGAUGGGCCAGAUGAGACGCUGAGGCCGGACUCUCUUUGCCUUGGUUCUUCCUAGUGCCUACAGUGGGAAAACUUCACUCCAAAGAAUUACCUGUAUCAGUCGUUGCCCAAAUCCCCAACCCCCAACCCCCCAACCCCCCACCCACCACCAAACGCCAAACCCACCGGCCGUCUCGAACGAACCGCGGCCGAAUUUAACCGGAGAAGGUGAGCAGAGAAAAGACAGAACGGAACGGGCGGACGUCGCUGUUCUGAGACGGCAGCGGAGCCCGUGUCCGUCUCCCUUUCUCAGCGUCUCUCAGAGGAGCAGCCAGAGAAUCCCGGCGGCCAUUUUAAUGCAGUCUCAGCUUCUUCUCCCAAAACUUCCCUACUUUUUUCCCCUUAAUUCUGGAAAUGUCCAGUCUGCAGUGGUGUCCUCGUGGGACCUUUUUUUUCUUUUUACCCCCCUCCCCUCUAAACCCCCCCUCCCCCCACUUUAAAAGGGACGACGCGCUCCUGAUUGUAACAUCGUGACUCGCAGGUGACAGGGGGUUUUUGCUGCUGAGUAGGGCCAGGAAGAGAGACCACCUCCAAGUGGAAGAGACUUCACAUUGCCAAUGUAAUUAACAUUGUUUAAAAACGAAAAAAAAGCGCUGGCUUUUUAUUUCUAAUGCAUACGCGUACUUUCUGCGUGCAAUUGUACAGAUAUCGCAAUAUAGUUUUUUUUUCAUUGUAUCAUAAAAGAAAAUGGAUCCUUUUUUUUUUUCUUCUUCUUUUUUUUCCUGCUGUUUGAUGAAGAUGACUUACUGUUUUAAUUGACACUCUCAGGAUUUAAAAAAAAUAAAAAUAAAAAUACAAAAACAAAGGAA